CCAUCCUACCAACGCAAAGGCGUCGGCAGAAUGCUUUUACAAUGGGGUAUCAAGCAAGCUGAUGAAGAAGGCUUGCCACUCUAUAUAGAAGGCACACUGGCAGGGAAAUUGCUGUACGAACAACUUGGCUUCACGGUUGUGGCUGAAACCGAGCUUGAG